CAGAGGAAUGGUCUUCAUGUGCACUGCGUGUUAUACUCGUUUGGUCUGAGAGGAACAUUUUAUUCAAACAAAAGAAGAUCGUUGAUUAAUCAGAAAGCAGAUUACCUUCGGCAGUUUUACUUACCAGGCGGAGAAACUGCAGUUCCACACAGGUUGGAUGAAGAUUUAAAAAUGACUUCUGGGGCGAAAAACGACAAAACUAUUUCAAAAGGAGGAUCAAAAUGUUUCCAACUACAUAUGAUCUUCCUCUUGCUUAAUAUCGGCAAUUCUGUUGUUCCAGUCGCAGGAUUUUCACUGAAAUCUUGCAGAAUCAGUCGCAAUACCGUUAUAUGCACCAAGAGUCAUCUCAGUGCUGUCCCUCACGAUAUUCCCUCGACAGUGAAGGGUUUUGACUUGUCCGCAAACCACAUUUCUACAAUACAAGUAUCAGAUUUCCAAAAUCUACCACAUUUGACACAGUUAGACCUAAAAAACAACAGCAUUUCACACAUAGACACAGGUGCCUUUGCUGGUCUGAUUUCCCUCAAGAACUUAAGUCUAAAUAAUAAUAAACUUGUUCAUCUUGGGGACGAUCUUUUCGGUGGUUUGAGGAACCUCACAGAGCUACAAAUUCACAGCAAUCGCAUCACAGUGGUGGCGCCCACCUGUUUUAGGUCCUUGACAAGCUUGGAGGUGUUGGACAUCUCUCACAACAAACUGCACCGCUUAACACAAGUUCAUUCAGUGUUACAGCACCUGCCAAAUCUAAAAUAUCUGUCAAUCCAAAACAACAGUUUAGCCAGUUUUCAGUCAUGGGAACUGACAAACAGCUCACUCGAACUCACUUCCCUUGAUUUGUCUCAAAAUCCCAUCGCAGUCUUCAGGAUCACUGCAGACGUUUUUCCAAAACUCACCUCGUUUAACGUCGGCGACUCCAGACAGCGGCUGACGAUAUGGGACGUGCGGGACAAGACCUUUCUUAGUCGAGUGUCUGCUCUUGAUAUCAGUGGGCUUCAGAUGGCGUUUGGUGACGUGAAAACAUUGCUACAGACCGUCAACUCCUCUCUGACCUCUCUGAGGAUGAAUGCAAUGACACAUGACCUCACAGCGCUGAUCAGCAUUUCCUGCACCAUCCCAACGGCGUCCACGCUCAACCUCCGAGCCAACAAUCUCAGUUUUGUCAGUUCAGGUUUGCUUCAGUCGUGCGUAAAUGUAGCAGACUUAGAUUUAGCAAGCAAUCAAAUUCAAAAUAUCCAAAAGAAGGCCUUCAGCUCUCUUCAAACUUUAAGGAGCUUGAGUCUGAGUCAUAACAGACUUCCAUCUGUCCCAGCUGCAGUAAGGAAUCUAGCAACCCUCGAAGAGCUGGAUCUCAGCAGUAACAGAAUCAGCACCCUUGGAUGCAGCGAUUUUGCCAAUCUGACGGAGCUCAUACAGCUCAACCUUUAUCUGAACUCAAUCUCGGCUCUAGAAGACUGUCUUUUCAAGGAUUUAAUACAGCUGCAAGUUUUAGAACUGCAAAACAACCACAUCUCCACGUUAAACGGCGCUUUUAAAAAAUACCUGCCUAAUCUUAAACACCUACGUUUGAAUGAGAAUGAACUCACCACCAUUGAAGCCGGGGUGUUUCAAGGCCUGCGGUCCCUCCAGAAAUUAUCAUUACAUGAAAACAAAAUAAAAAUACUUGACAAAGGGUCUUUUAUGGGAUUGACGAAUCUUACUGAGCUUCUGCUGCAGCUGAACAACAUUGAAAGAAAAGAACUAGACAAAGGUGUUUUCAAUCAUCUGAUAAAUUUAAAAAGACUGGAUCUGAGGAAUAAUCACAUUAAAUAUGAAGACAGUUCAGCUUUGCCCGAUCCACCGUUUUCUCAGCUGUCCCGCCUGGAGACACUGGCUAUUCCGUCUCAGCACCGCAAGGGGAAGUCACAUCUGCCUCGCAACUUCCUGCAAGGUUUGACAAAUCUUUUGUUUUUCAAUGCCAGGAACAUCCAACUUUUAUCCUUCCCCGCAAACAUGUUUAAUCACACGCCGCGGCUUCAAACACUUGACAUGAGCUCAAAUGAACUUGUGGAUCUCUCUCCGGAUUUGUUUGCCCCGAUUCAAAGCCUUAAAAGCAUCUACAUAUCUAGAACAAAUCUUCGGUCUCUAGAUUUCCUCAUAGAUGCGAACCUUACUGAGCUGGUGUUCCUGCAGGCGAGGAAGAAUGCAUACUCAGUGAUCAGUGAGGAAGUACUGAAGUCCCUACCGGCACUCGUUUAUGUGGAUCUUCAGGGCAAUGCUUUCACCUGUGACUGCGAUAACGCCUGGUUCCUCCAGUGGGCAGAAAACAGCAACCAAACACAGGUUUUUGACGCCUUUAACUUUGAGUGCAACUAUCCUCCAGAUCUAAAAGGUACGAAGCUGUUGAAGCUUGACCUCCAGUCCUGCACAGUGAACAUUGACUUCAUCUGCUUUAUCUCCACCACAUGUACCAUCCUCCUGUUUAUGGUGGGGUCCUUCACCUACCACUUCCUGAGUUCGCAUCUGGUUUACAGCUACUACCUCUUUUUGGCUUUGCUCUUUGACUCCAAGUAUAAAAACAAGCAAGCUCCUCAUCAGUAUGACGCCUUUAUCUCCUACAACGCCCACGAUGAGCCGUGGGUCAUCGGAGAGCUGCUGCCAAAACUGGAGGGAGAGCAGGGCUGGAGGUUGUGUCUGCACCAUCGGGACUUCCAGCCAGGUAAGCCCAUCAUAGACAACAUCACAGACGCCAUCUACGGAAGCAGGAAGAUCAUCUGUGUGAUCAGUCGCAGAUACCUUGAGAGCGAGUGGUGCUCCAGAGAGAUCCAGGUGGCCAGCUUCCGUCUGUUCGAUGAGCAGAAGGACGUCCUGAUCCUGGUGUUCCUGGAGGAGAUUCCCACCUAUCAGCUGUCUCCUUACUACCGCAUGAGGAAGAUGCUGAAGAGGCGGACCUACCUGAGCUGGCCCCGAGCCGAGGAGCACACCGAGCUUUUCUGGGAGAAACUCCGGCAGGCUCUGAAGACCAGAGAAGAUCUCGGCGAGGACAGCCUCCUCGCUGUGGUGGACAGACCGUGAUGGACAGGAAGUACAGUCCUCUCUGUGCGAGCUUUACAGCCAGAGAACUGAACGUUCCUGAAUGUCAGAGCUCACGUUCUGGCCUGUACCUGAGAUUAGAUCAGCUGAUCUAACUGAUGUGGAAAAUCAGGAGCCACGAACAUUUCUGUGCAUCACAUCAGAGAGAUGUGCAUUUGAUUACCGACCAAUCAAGAGCAUCCGACCCCCUCAGGAGGAGCGUAGCACAGAAGAGGACUUUGAGGUUUAAAAGAUGAUGCUGGGAAAAUGAAAAACCUUCGUAAUCCAAAGAAUAAGUCACUUUGUACUAAAUGAGGUAGAGAGUUUGUACUUCUGUGUCACAGUGUUCCUACGAACCUGAUAAUGCUUAUUUAUUUUAGGAAGAAGAAAAACAACCAUGACAACAUGUGUUUUUAAUCUUCUCUUUUUUAAUAUGAUCACAAUCAAAAGUUCUCACACAAUACUCUCUGGGUUAAACAUCGACACAAGUACAAAAAAUCUUGCAAUACGAUUUUUUCUUGUGUUAUUUUGUGGCUGUGGCUGCAUCCUACAGUUCAUUAUGUAUUAAGAAUACUGCACCUCCCUGUUUAUAAAACAGAUCAAAUAUAAGAAAGAAAUGGUACAAAAACAACACGAUGCUUCCUGUUGCAGCACUUUGAAAAGGUUUAAGUGUAGGAGCUGAAGUGUCAUGACACAUUUUUCACUGGUAAGUUGGGUUCUUGGGUUCAGGAAUGAAUGAAAAUCGCUGUGCUGCAGAAAUUCGCUGUCGUAUGGAGUUUAUGCUGAUGUGGUGUCGACUCGGGUUUCCUCUUUGAUGAUCUCAGCCUUCCUCCUCCUCUUUUCACUACGAAGAAAUUUGAAAUGUGGGUUUAGUGUUUGGUUUGAGUACUAAAUAAAUAUAACUCAGAGGAAAGAGACAUGAGCGUACUCACUCCAAACACUCCACCACUCUGCGGGUCCAGCUGGCCGAUGGGUGGGCACACACAAACCUCCCUGGAAGGUGGAAGCUGUCGGAUCCAGAACAGAAGAAAUGAUCACACACGAAGAUGCAUGAGUGCACUUCAUUACAGUCGAGACAGGUUCACUCCAGCCUGUCGGCUCAGGAGUUAACCUUUCCAGAACUUUAUAAGAGCAGUGUCACCUGACACAGAGUGGCCCUCGCCGCUCUCAGAUCGUCCUGCAGCACUUCAUGACUGAUGGUUCACACUUUAACUGCCCACACAAGCUAAUGCUCACGUCACCUCUGGUCUGUCUUCUACUGAGCAACCUCUAAGAAUCAAGAUUUAUUUGCUUUCAGUUCAGCCAAAGAACAUUUUUAUCCAAAUUCAAACGCUAAAUAUCUGAAACACACUUUCUUUGUUUGAGUUAUAAAGAACAGACUAAGAAAGCAGAAUCAAUCAUAUCUAAAGUUUCCAUUUAACAGACAUUGUUGAACUGACUGAAGGGAAAGAUUUGCAAGCCACACACGA